CUUUCUGUUGCAUGUGUUGGGAGGACUGUGUUGGUGCGAAGCUGCUUCUUUAAGAGAUACAGUGCUUCCUGCUCAUCUGCAGGCUGUGUGCAUCCCACAGCUGGGUGCCAUCACCUCCAGGAGGCAGGCAUUAAUUGGGCUGUUCCUUUCAGUUCUGGCAAUGGGUGGUCUUCUUGGCAAGAACAAGAGGCUCUGUGUGUUCCCUCUGAAAGUUACUUUUCGUAAGACCAAGGGGAAGAAGGCAUCUGAGACUGCAGGUAUGUCCUGUGAUGCUUCAACGUGGACUGGGGAGAGCCAUUUUUAUUCAGCACGCAUAGGGAGGACCCCCAGAGCCCCUGAACCUUCUCUCGCAGAGUCAGAUUCCUUAGACACCUCUGAAGGUGAAUUUGCUGCCCAAGCUAAAAAGGACACAGGAGCUGCAUCUCUGCAGGUACAACAUGCCGAGGCCCCACUACCUGCCUCUACUAGAGAUGCAGACAAUGGUGAGGUGCCACAGGACCCUGAAACCAAACCUACCACAGAGGAGAUGAAGAACCAGGAACUUGCUGAACAGCCAAAACAAGCAGCCCAAUCUGCCAGAAGCCAUCUAGAAGAGAUGAGUAAAGCUCAAGCUGUUGAGCAACCUGCUGCUGGCUGUAUACCCCAGGAGCAGCUCAGCUGUGGGGAUGAUGAAACGAGGCCUCUUACACAGACAGCUGUGAAGGUUGAAGUCCACGUGUGUGCAGAAGCCCAAGGUGAGGUUCGGCCUCCUGGAGUGGAGUCCAGGCCAUCAGUUCCUGCAGAAGAAGAUGCUACAGUUCUGUGUGAUUCAGAGGAAACUUGUGAGGGCAAGGAUCACCAGGAAGUGCCUGUGGAGAAUGCAGCUGGGUCUCCACCUGCUUUGAGUGCCAUGCAGGAGUCAGAGGUGCUUUUGGAGACCAUGGAGACAAGAGAGGACAUCACAAGUGUGCAGAGAUCUGCAGAAAAGCAAGCAGGAGAAGAGAAAGUGCAAUCUGCUGCUAAAGCCUCACCUGAUCUCCAGUUGGAACAUGACAAUGAAGGGGUUCCUCUUCAUGAGUACGUGGAAGAAAAUGCUUUUGAAUCAGAGCAAGCUGAAGAACCAACUGAGGUCGGUGAUGAUGGACAAACAUCAAAUGAGAUCCCAUGCUGCCUGGCAGAAACCCAGGCUGCUCUGCAGGAUAACGAGGAGAUCAAAGCUAGCAAUGGGGGAAAACAGCCUGCUGAUGAGGAGUGCUGAAAGAACACAUGAAGCCUGGUGCAGCAACUGCUGAGCAGGCUGAGAGUUUGUCUGCAGCAAAGCAAAGAAUCUGCUGCCUUGAUCCUGCAGGGAGCCAAGAUGGACAAGUAACCAGUGGGUGCUUGUAUCCUUAAGGGCAUGUUGUUUAUGAAGCCUGCUUUAGAAAGUGGGACUAAACAGCAAGCUGGUGCAUAGCCUUCCAUAGGUGGCACCAAUCCCCUUCUUUCCCUAGCAAGGGGUGGUGAAGGGACACAAGUAAGUGUGCUUCAGUACAAUAAGCAUAUUUAUGUAUUUGACUUUGUUCUCCACGUGCACAAACACCUGAGAUAGUGUUAUGGACUUCAUAAUUCUCUCUGUGUGACUGCACAGGGUUAGGUCUUUGACAAACAAGCCGGAUUUAUUAAUUAUACUUGUCUGUGCACCUCACUCUGACCAUCGCUGUUUGAAGCUAUGUUGAAAUGCUGUGUGGUCUGUGCUGCAACUGGAACCAAUAAAUGGGCAUGUUUUAACA